UGCCUGCUGGACCUGGUGAUCCUGCUUCCGUACAAAGGGAAAGAGCCUCCACCUACCUUCUCUCCUUCCCUCCCCGGUUCCUCACUCCCUCUCUCCCCCUCGGCCGGGCAGGAUUCCUCGGGCAGAGCAUGCAAUCAGCGCGCAGGGAGCAGCCGCAGCCACAGGAAAGAUGCAGAAGCACAAUCAGAAGGAGCACCUCUACAAGCUGCUGGUGAUCGGGGACCUGGGAGUAGGCAAAACCAGCAUCAUCAAACGUUAUGUCCACCAGAACUUCUCCCCCCACUACCGGGCCACCAUCGGGGUGGACUUUGCCUUGAAGGUGCUGAGCUGGGAUGCUGAGACUGUGGUACGGCUGCAGCUCUGGGAUAUUGCGGGUCAGGAAAGAUUUGGAAACAUGACCAGAGUGUAUUACAGAGAGGCCAUGGGGGCAUUUAUUGUCUUUGAUGUUACAAGACCUGCAACAUUUGAAGCAGUGACAAAAUGGAAAGAGGAUUUGGACUCUAAGUUGGUUCUUCCAAAUGGUAAACCUGUGCCGACAGUCCUCUUAGCAAACAAAUGUGACCAGGGAAUAGAUGUUCUUAUGAACAACGGCAUCAAGAUGGAUCAGUUCUGCAAAGAGAAUGGAUUCGUGGGCUGGUUUGAAACAUCAGCCAAGGAAAAUAUAAACAUCAAUGAAGCUUCCAGAUGCUUGGUGAAACACAUAAUUGCUAGUGAGAGUGAUCCAGUUCAGUCUAUUGAACCAGAUAUUAUAAAACCACACUUGAAUUCCUCCAAGAUUGUCAGUUGUUCAGCUUGCUUUAAAUCCUAAGAGACUUCCAGACUAUUACAAGAGCUGAACAACUAUGAUUCACAAUUUAUACUUUAUCCAACACAUCCAGCCUGCCCAGAUUGUCCAUAAGCAGAUUGCCAUUUUCUCAGAAAUAUACUUAAAUAUUUCCAUAAUUUUUUGGCAGCUAAAAUUUAUUAUGAGCUGUUCAUCGAUAGCAACUAUUCAAAACUGUCUUUGGCUACUGGUCAAAUAAGACUUAUGGUGAUGGCUGUGUUUUCCCAGUUGGGUAGCAACACCAGUGAUAUAAAAACUUAUUUCUUUGCAAUGUGGUUUCUGAAAGCUUGUAUUUGUGAUGUGACUGCAGCAAUACCCUACUUGUCCAUUGGUCCUCCAGCCUGUCUUCUCAGUACCUUGACCAGGCAACCGUCAUCAUUAGACAGCUUUGUCACUCCUCAAACUUGAAUGAUCUUGUUUCAUAUGAGGAAGAUGAUGGUGACAAUGAAAAUAUAGCUGUUCAGAAAGAGACAACAGCAAUGCUCACAGUGAAAUCUUCUCACUGCAAGUUCAGUCUCUUGGAUGAAGUGGCAGGACUGAAUAUGAAGCAACGUUUCAUAUCAGUUGUCCAGAUUCAGCUUCUGAGGCUGAACCCUGAUGUAGUAUUGGCUCCCUCUUUCUGAAGAGUUAAAUUCUCACAGUUGUUAGCAUUGUCUUCAGAUGAAGCAAAAUGGAAAAAGUCAAGGGUGAGGGGUGACAAAACAGGGAACCGGGGGUACAGUCUCACAGGUGAAGCAGCUGACAGUUUUCAGAAAGGUUAUCUAUUCUAUAAAGCCAGCACGUCCUCUGAAAAACAGUCAUUGAUUUUGUUUCUGCCUUUCCAUCCUUCAUGCCACAGAUGUCCCUGUGUGUUUAAACUGUGUAUAUUCUCUAAGUCCCUGCAUGCAUCCCUCCUCUAUGUUGAUUCUCACGGGAAAAUUCACUAUCCACACUAUAAUGUAACAGCUGAACUUUUCAGGAAUGCCUCUGCAUUGAAUAGCAGGGUAUUUGCUUUCUGAGAACACUCUUCUAGAAACCACAAUUGUAUGAAUGAUCACAGGAAGCAAAACUGAACAGUGUUCAGAAGCACUCCUGGAAUAUGUGUAGAAUUUGUUGACCUGUACUGUGGAAAUGAAAUGGUUGAUUUUCAGAGUCUGACAAAAUAUACAGGUUGGUGGACUCAUUCAGACAAGUGUGUCUAGACAAGAAGUCUUGACAUCUGGCUGCAAGCCCCUGCAAGACAAACUUUGCCUGUCUACUGCCGUAGACAAAUCACUUGCAUUUUCUGUUCCUGCUCAGCCUUUUCCUUCCUAAGCUGUGAACUCUCAGUGGCAGGAGCUGUCUUCUGAGAUGGGUUUCUUUCCUUAGAGAUGUGUAACACCGUGGAGGGGAGGAGGCAGAAUCUCAUGACGUCUUGUGUUUGCAGACAUCACUGCAAUACUUCACUGAAUACUUAGCUGGAAAUGAAGGAGUGAAACUCUCAAAGGCUAGUAAAUAGGUUUUGGUUAGGAAAAAUGGAGGAAAAAAAAAAUCCUCAAGCUGACCUUAUCCUGUGAGACCUAUGCGAUUCAUGUGCCUCUAAAGUUCAUUCUGUAACUUGGCAGUGUUAGGUUUACAGGUGAACUCAAUGACCUUAAAGGUCUUUUCCAACCUAAAUGAUUCUAUGACUGAAUGAUCUGUUACUAUAUAGGCACUGCAGAGAAGAGCCGGGGACAGAGACAUAGCUCUUUAUGUGCUCUUCCUAAAGCCUUAAAUUGAUGUAUUUUUGUCACAGAGUUUUAGAAUAAGAAAGCAAGGUCUGUGGUUUUAAAAAUAAAAAUCCAUUUCCAGAACUAAUCCACACACACAUAGAUGUAAGGAUCCGUAUUUAUCAUGAGCUGGCUUUUUUCCAGGAGAGCAAUUUUCAAGUUGUCUUGAUUGCAGUGUUAUCCUUAACACCUGUGUUAAACAUCCUUUAACUCCUGCUGUGAUCUGAGUCAAAAACCUUAACCUUUCUGCCUCAGUUUCCUCAUCUGUAAAAUAGGGAUUGAUGUACACACCUACCUCACAGCACUCCUUGAAAGUUACAGUUGACACCAUGCUUUGAAGAUACAUGUUAUACAAAUGCCAAGCUCUAUUACUGCUCAGAAUGAUAUAUGAGUGCCCUCUAGCAUAAAUACAUGGUGCUGUAAUGCCUUAAUGUUCUAAAUCUAUCCAGGGCUUGUCUGUGCUGCAACAAUUAGCUUCAAUUAUUCAACCUCACUUAACCUAGUCAAUGUUAUAAAGCAAAGUGUGAGUGUGUGGGAUUAUUUAAUCUAAUAAAUAGGUGCAGAUGGGUUACAAACAGAAAUUGUGGCUGCACAGAUGUCAUGGUACUAGUUUAAUAAUCUCAGCAACAAAGCUGCAAUUCAGAACUAGUGCCAGGUCAGCUAUUUCAAAUUUAAAGCAUUGUUUAAUUCAAGUCAUAUGGAUGCCUUAUAAGGGUAACAAUUCAUACCUUGAGCCAACACCGGGGAACACAAGCACCUAGAUAUUCAGAUGGCUUCUAAAGGGCUAAGUUUUCAUGAGUUGAACCCCAUGCUUUACUUACAAAUCUGGAUGCCUCUGGUGAAGCAGAGGAAGUUGUCACUUCUUCCAAAAAUUAUUUUGUGCUCAACUUGCAACAAACAUAGCAGUUGGUCAUGUGUUUUAGUUAUCUUCAGGUUGCUUGUCUUCAGUGGCUUCUAGCCAAUAUUCAUUAAGCAUAAUGGUAACUUUCACAAAUGUUUGAGAGCUAUGGCUAAAGACCUGGUAUAACAGUAAUUAAAAAAACCCACAUAAAUAAAACACUUAAAGUACAUAUAGAUUUUUUCUUUUUUUUCUUCACUGUAUUGUAUAAACCUGCUUUAAACUAUGAACUCAUCAUCUGUUCCCCUUGUUUCUGUUGUGUCAGGUUUCACUGCAGUCACUGUUCUUGGGCAGAUUUUCCACCUCUGGUAGAUGGUGGACAGAUUUUGGCCAAUUUCUAGAGAAAUGUUCUGAAGUCAUACAUAUUUACAUCAUAAGAAUUAGGAAAGUAUCAUGAAGAAUCAGGCCUCCUUAGGAGGUUACAUAAUUCCAAAUGUUCAUUUUUAUUUGUACUGAAGUGAUAAGAAUCUGUCAAGUCUCUUUCUAUAACACAAUAAAUGUGUGAAUGCCACCUGGGUAUCUAGCAAGCAGAGCCUUUUUAGAAGGGGUUGUCAUAGGCAGGCCAGAAUAAAAGCUUCAAUUUAGAAUUAAUGAGCUCAGUUUGUGUCAAUACCCUUUCAGGAACAAAUGUUAAAUUUAAUUAUACUGUGUCAGUCCCUAACAGGUUGGAUUUCCUUGUUUUUUAUUGAUACAUUCUGUGCUAUGUCCUCUUUGCUGGUCAUUAGGGACCAGGCAUCUUAAUUGCAUAGCCAUUUCAAAAUGAAACAUUUUCCCCUCUAUUUGCAAUAAGUAAUAAAAGACAUGAGUCUCUAUUGCCUUCCAAGUGGGCAAAGAUACUGCAAAGUGGAUUUAAAAUUAAUUUUCAUUCUAGUUCUCCGUAAAUGCCCCUCUGGCUGUCCCAGCACCAGAACCACAAGCUGAUGUGCAGGUGAAGUGCUGGGCAUGAGGGAUCAGCUCAAAACACUUAUGAAAAAUGGUGGUUGAUCAUUUGCACCCCAAGGCUUCAUUUAGCAACUCAGCCACACCACCAGUAAUGACAGGAUGUCUCUCAUUUUCCGUCUUUGAAGCUCCAUACAAAAAAAAUCUCAUGAUCCUAACUACCUUGGGAAACAUACACACAUUACUGAUAGGAAAAUGCAUGGAGUGAACAGUAAAUAUUACUCUGUUAUUCCAGAAAAAUCAUAUUUUAUUUGACCAAGUUAGGCUUUCAACAGAAAGCCAUUUGGACUCUGAAAAUCAGGCUUUGUUCUUCUUAUGUACCAUUUUUUUAGAUCAUAUAUUUUCAUAGAACUUUUCUAUUCAGGAAUAGCUGUUCCCAACAGUACCUUGUGUAUGCAGCUUGAAUUGUUGUACAUCGAUAUUUUCUGUUCAGACUUUUGGGGGGGGCUUCUAUUUUAACCUACCUGACCAUAUAAAAGGAGGAGGGAGGGAGGGAGGGAGAAGGUGCAUGUUUAAAUAGCAGUUUUCUUUUGCUUCUUAAAACAGCUUGUCUAGCUGGAUGAAGUGAAAUUGGUAAAUACAUGUGGGAGAUGCAAUUUUAUGUCAAUUGCCAGGAAACAAUCAAUGACAAUAUAUUUUACUGCAUCAAUAUUUAUGCAUGUGACGGCAGGUUAUAUUGUAAUAAAAGAUGAUAUUUCUGACAAAGCAUGGAAUGUGAGUGUUUUGUAAAAUUAAUUCAUUAACCAAAGUAAGCACAUACAAGUAGCCACAAGCUAAUUCUGCUUUCCUCAUACGUAGCCAAUCUCUGAUACAUAUAUAUAUAUAUAUAUAUAU